GGGAAUUUACGCAGCAGGUUAGGAUAAUUCGAUUCCUAACCUGCUAUAAAAAGUAACUAUAUCGAAGUUGCGUGUCCUUAUCUUAUAUACUCUGCAUUUUUUCCUGCAACAACUCAACUUCUCUGUUGUGCGCCUCUCAUUGAAAGUUCAACAAUGAUCCGGUUAAUUGUAUUCAUAAGAACUGUUUACGAACAACAAUUUUUCCUGUUCCUGUUUCGGGGUUGAUUUUGUUUCACUGGUAGGCUACAAUCAACAUUAGGACAAGUCCUCUGCCUCUUCUCAAGAUAUGAAAGCGUGUUCAACGUGAUUUCCCGUUGUGUCAUUGAGAAAGACCACUCGUAUGAACAUCCCUAUGCUGCUGAGAUGGAGGAGGCGUACACAGAGCUGUACAGGGAGUUCCUCCGACUGCGCUCGCUAUGUCUGAAGCAGGCUGCUCUACUCCAGCAACUCACAGAGACACUGAGGAGACAGCAAGGAGAAGCCCCUGUUCCUGAUGGACAACCCAGCGUAAUGGCACCAAUCCCAGUCCAGUGCACCCAGGGUGGCCUGGGGUCUCUCCCUGCACGGCCAGAAACCCCAAUGGUACCAACACACAACCCUGCUGCACACCAUGGCGGUAUAGUCCUAUCUGGGGCUUUUGGCUCACUCUCUGAUCUCCUGGAGGGGGAUUUGGGCAGACUACGGCUGGACUUUGCUCAUCCAGUUACAGAAAGGAAUGCGGUCCUCAAAGCUGCUCCCCUCAGGCCUCUGGAUCUACCUGGGGGUAAUAAUGGAGAGGUGGCACCCUCCAGUGUCUCUGGGGACUCGAAGCAAGCAGGUCGAUUUUGGGUUGAUGAUACGACCCGACAAAUGUUCCGGAUGCCCUCGGCGUGUGGCUCCUUCUUGGACAGUGAGUUCCUGAGCCAGACCGGGGGAAUGAUGCUGAUGUCAGAGGUGGCAAUGCAGUCUCAGGUGUGUGACUUCUGCAAUGCUGUGUUCCCUGGCUACACCACCACCAGGGGGGACUUCCUGCGCCACCUCCACACACACAUCAGCUAAAACUCUGGUUCCAUGUUGAUUCAACAUCAUCGCAUAGAUUUUGGGGGGUUGAAAUGACAUGGAAACAAUGUUGAUUCAACAAUUUUUUUUUCCCCGGAGGGUUAUUUUGUUGCCACAGUGAUCAGUAAUUUGCACCAUGGGCCCUGGUCAAAAGUAGUAAACUAUAGGUUAGGGUGCUAUUUGGGAUGCAACCUUGGUCUUUCACAAUCAAAGCAGCGACGCAAAAGCACACAGCAGAACUCCUCAACGAGCCACCAGAUUGGCAGCUAUAUCUCGCUAUAUUUAGUCUGCUCUCAUCAUGGUGGUGGGGGGUGCGCACUCACAUGGAGUGGAAAGAGGGUGACAUCACAGAUACAGGUGAGUCAUGCAAGUAUCGUUUGUACAGGAUUAGCACUCAGCACAGAACUGGAAGGAACAAACAACUUGAUGGCGGUGGUGAUAUUGGGGGAAGAGUGGGAAUGUCUGUUUGGACUUAGUGCUUUUCUAUUAGUUCCCUAAUUGCUGGCAGCAUUCGAAUGACGAAGGCUUAUUCAGCCUUAUCGUACAUUUGACUCUCAUGCUCUGUCAAAAGCAGUGAAACAAAUGGGGCCACAAGAUUAAAACAAUAAAAUAACUUUUAUUGAGAUUUAACAAAAUAAAUAAUCUUCUGUUCAACAUAACAAACUGAGGUUGUUUAAUGCUUGUGAGGCAGGAGGUUACAGUUUAGGUACCUCAUGGUAAUAAUGUGUGCAUCCCAAAUUGCAUUAUAUUUCCUAUAUAGAGCACCACCUUUAACCAGAGCCAUAUGGGCCCUGGUCAAAAGUAGUUCAUUAUAUAGGAUAUUGAAGGCCUUUUGGGAUACAGAAAAUGAAAUGUCCUUGAUUCAUCCUGAUUUCCUAAUCAUCCAAACACCUUUUCAACAUUCAUACCCAGUAACAUCUGAUGAUGUUUUCUUAGUAAAAAAAAACAGUUAAAUUAUCCCAAACUCCAUUGUCAAAGAAUUUAGUGUUUAAUAUGACAAACAUACUGUAUAAAAAAUAAAAACAUUGGGAGAUGAUCAUUUGUCAUUGUUAUCCAAGUAAUUGCCUCAAGUAAGAGUUAUGCAAAUGGUUGUUGCUUGUAAAUUGUUGCUUGUUUAAGCCUCAAGUUAAAUCAAAGAAUGUUGAGUUCACCAAUAAAUCUAAGGGCUCAAUCAUAUUAACAUCCAAA